AUAAAUAAAUAAAGUUUCGUGCAUUAACCCGUAAAAACUAGUUUUAUUUAACUUGUAAUUAUACAAAGGUUCUAGUUUAUUUGCAAAAGUGUUUUGAUUUGAAUGAUUUUAUUAUAAUUUCUUACAAAUAGUGAUUGUACUUUUAUUAAAAUACAAUACAUACUCAUACUUAAGGAAAUUUACAAGAAAAAAUCCAGAAAAUUUGGCAGCAGGUGGGACUCGAACCUGCUACCGCGACCUUAAUGGCCGUGUCGAAUUUCUCCCAGUAUUUCUUAAGCUGCAAGGUAGCACCAUUUUAUAUACAUACACAAAGAAUCUGAUCUAUUUUAUCUUGGAAACUAAUAAAAUUAUAACUUAUCAUUAUUACUAUAAUCUUCACCAUGAACUUUAUAGAUAAAGUAGUCGGUCGAUUAUAAAAACUUUUGCGUUUAAUUCAAGCGUGAAACAUUAUUUGGGUGAAACUUGCUUAGGCGGCAACCCGUUGCUCUGGUGUCUUUGGGUAUUAGCGAAGGAGAAGAAAAGAAAACUACAGGAAACAAUCCAAAAGGCGAAAACAGACGCCGUAUAAUUUCGUGAUCGCUAAAAAACUCAGAGAGAGUUGUGCCCAAAGACAUCAAGAUGUCUGAAAGCAGGAAAAGUAGUGUGGCUGCCAGUAGGCCUCGGGAGAAGCCCCUGGACUUGGACGAUGUGUUGGUGAACGAGCUCGGCCAGUUCGGGAAGUUUCAGAUGACUAAUUUGCUUUUAGUAUCGGUGCCUAUCAUUAUGUCUGCUUUCAUGAGCGAGUACAUCUUCUCUGCUGCUGCUGUUCCACACAGAUGUGCGAUAGCGGAAUGCGGGGAGGAGCCACGUGGUGUGACAUUCAAUCAGGAUUGGAUCAGUUACGCGAUCCCACCCGCCACCAACGGUUUCUCGAGCUGCGAGCGAUUCGCCCCAACCGGAGGAACGGGUUCCCUGGACACUUGCCCCCUUCAGCUCUUCAACCAAAACGAAGUAGUACGAUGCGAAGGCUUUGUGUACGCACGAGAAAAUUCUGUAGUCUACGAGUUUGAUCUGGGAUGUCAAGAGUGGAUGCGUGCAUUGGCUGGCACAUUGAGCAGCGUGGGUACUCUACUGGUGUUGCCGAUUACAGGCUACGUGUCCGAUCGGUUCGGGCGGCGUGUCGCCCUCGUCAUCAGCGUCUUCAACCUUGCUCUCUUCGGUCUCAUCCGUGCCUUUUCCGUCAACUACCCCAUGUACCUCGCGUUGCAAUUAUUGCAGACCACGCUCGGCGCUGGAACCUUCAGUUCUGCCUACAUCUUCGCAACUGAGUUGGUGGGUCCCAAAUUCCGCGUACUAACAAGCGCGACUUGUUCAUCCAUGUUUGCGAUCGGGCAAGUGGUGCUCGGUAGUGUGGCAUGGCUUGUUCAGCCUUGGAGGUACAUGAUCAUGGGAAUCCACAUACCCUGCUUCCUCAUCAUUACCUACUACUGGCUGCUCUCGGAGAGCGUAAGGUGGCUGCUGUCCAAGGGACGAUACGACGACGCGAGAGCUGUCCUCGAGAAGGUUGCCAGAGUAAACAGGAGACAAAUAAGUGAAAAAUCGAUGAACGCCUUGAUGGACCCACCGCCCCCACCAGUCGUGGACGAGAAAACGGAUGAGCGAGGUAUGUUGGCCACCAUAGUGAAAUCACGCGUCCUCUUACGACGAGUCGCCACCACACCAAUCUGGUGGAUCACAACCACCUUUGUCUACUACGGACUCUCCAUCAACUCCACCAGCCUGUCAGACACCAUGUACCUGAACUAUAUCCUGACGUGUGUCAUCGAGAUCCCCGGCUUCUACACCGCCGUCCUCAUCCUCGACAGGAUCGGAAGAAAACCCACUUUGUCCGGUGGAUUCUUCUUAAGUGCUGCCUGCAACAUCGCGUUUGCUUUCAUUCCUAGUGAGCUGACGGUGCUGAGGCUGAUAGUCUUCCUGCUGGGCAAGUUUGGCAUAUCGGUGGUGUUCACGUCACUCUACCUGUUCACCUCUGAGCUGUACCCCACGCAGUACAGACACAGUCUGCUCGCCUUCUCGUCCAUGAUCGGCAGGAUAGGGUCCAUCACUGCGCCACUCACGCCUGUCUUGAUGGACUACUGGCCGGGUAUUCCCUCGCUAAUGUUCGGCGUGAUGGGUCUGAUCUCCGGGGUGCUGGUGCUGACGCAACCGGAGACGCUGGGCACCAAGAUGCCCGACACCCUAGCGGAGGCAGAGGCCCUGGGCUCGCCGGAGUCAAGGCGGCAGGCCAGCUAGCUGAUCUCAACCCAACAUCGUUUUCAUCCGUCUGACAAUGUGCCACAGUGCCAAAUGCCAAAGCUCUUUAAGAGCGGACGCGAGCUGAUAGACAUUUAAGAAAUAUUAUAGUAAUAGUAUUUUAAAUAACUGUUGCUGUCACGCGUUGACAAAUACCGUGUGUUGGCACAACAGUAGUUGACGCUGAAAUAUGCGUAUAAAAAUUGUAAAAUUCGAGGUUUGGCUCUCGACGAUUAGCUCCUCGAAAAUUAGAUAAAUGUAAAAUAAUUUUUUCAAAAAGAAUAAUAUGUAAAGUUUACUAGAAAAAAAAUCCACGCGGACCAGGCAGCGGACGGGCCUCGA